AUGGAUGCAGACGACAUAGCGAGGCAGGCAGGAGGGAGCGGUGAGGAGGAAAGGAGGCCAGGGGAUGUUGAAGAUGAAGAUCCACCGGACGGGGAGGUAGCCUCCUUGCAGACGACACCCGAUGAAGUCCUGCAUCCUCCGGUCAUCGACAUCGAUACUUGUCAGGUGAAGUACCUUGACGAGUCGCAGCUCGCGUUCCCUACCGACCACCUGGACCUCCCCAUCCUGAGAGGAAAGAAGCCACUGGAACCGGGAGUCUCCUUCCUCCCCUCCAGCGUAGCCCCCCUCAAGGAUCAGACUCCUCCCCUCCUUCCCCUCUCUGCGCACGAUCCUCAAGUUGGAGACCGCUGGCUCGCCCGGGGUCACUUGGGGGCUGAGGAGGCGAAACUCUGCGGACUUCUCGCUGUCGAGGCUGUUGAAGGCUUCCGGCACGCGGACGAGGGCGACGAGGUUGUGCGAGAUGUCGUCGCGUGA